UUCCCGCACGUCGCGCUGGGCGGCACCUUCGACCACCUGCACAUUGGCCACAAGAUCCUCUUGACGGCCGCAGCGCUGACGGCAACACAGAAGCUGACCAUCGGGGUGUCUGCCGAGACCUUGCUGGUGAAGAAAAAAUACAAGGACUAUCUGGAGCCGUACCGGGCGCGCGAGCUCGGCGUGCUUUUGUUCCUGCGGCGGAUCCGCAAGGACAUUAUCUUUGAGCUGGAGCCCCUCUACGACAUCUACGGGCCAACCAUCGUCGAUGCGUCGGUUGCCGCGCUGGUCGUGUCGCAGGAGACGCUGAAUGGCUGCGAGGUGCUGAAUGAUAAGCGCGGCGAGCGCGGAAUGCCGCCCAUGCAGAUUCUGGCCGUCGACUUGGUGUCG